AUGCCCCUUUCCAAGUCUGUGGAAGACUCGACGAAAACGGAAGAUAAAGAUCAGCAUAUUGCUGCUCAAUCUGCUGAUGGCUCGCUGCAGAGUGCGUUCGACCAGCAUGAUGAGAUGCAGACUUUCAGGCAUGCCAGCAACAAAGAAGUCCCGUUAUCAUGUGGUCUGGAAGACCCCUUUCAUGCGAGUCUAUAUUCGAUAAUGAAGGGCGGCGAGCUUUCAUCCCAGCAUUGGAGCCCUCAUCUUUCACCAUUUCACACGUCGGAAACGCUCUGCUCUGAGGCAACGCAGGCCUUUGACAACGUGAGCAGACUUUCCACAGUCGAUGAAUUUACGUUCGAUUCCGGGUUGCUAUUUAGAGGGCGAAAGGAAACAGAUUCGAGGUCCGCUUCGACGCUCCGCCAGCGACCGACAUACAAGUACGGAGACCUGUCUGCAACGGACCUCUCAAACCAUAAAUCGAAUGACUAUGUCGGUUCAAUUCGAAAACAGGACUCUCCUUUUGAGUUGACGAUUUCAUCGCGUUCUAGCUGCACAAUGGCAUAUCAAGAAGCCUGGCACGGCCGUUUUCCGAGCUGUGGGCAACCUGCUGGCGAACGUAUUUCAAUCUCUCCGAUGCCACAGACCGCCAUUCAACGCGAUUACAUAACUCCCGCUGUUAACACACGUCGUGCUUCGGAGCAAAGCGCGUCACCAACACAGUAUGGAUCGAAUAUAGUUUCUCCGACGCAGCAUUCGACAAUGCCCGCGCCCUGCACUGCAUCUUUCCCGCGGUGCCUCGAACAUACAACACCUUCACCGAUAGCUCUACCAUCCAGCCAGACCGCUCCCAUGCAUCUCCUACGCUCUCAAUCGGAAGGUUCGGUUUAUCAACCCUGGAGUUCCCAGCUUCUUGAUACUCCUCUAUAUCAGUACUCUCAUCAUGAGCAUCAACCUUCAGAUGCGCAAACAUGGUGGGGCCCCUCGUCACUGCCGAAUAGAGGCCUACAGCCUUAUUCCCACAGUGGCUAUGCUCCGAUGUUGAUGGCACCGGCUCCCCAACGGCCACAACAUAAUCGCACCGACCACACCGCUGUUCCGGUGCAUGAUGCCGAUUUGAGCCUCCACGUCACCCAACACACUGAACUUCCGCAUGUUACGGAACCAAGUCUUACGGUACCACCUCUCUCAUGUCCAGAGCCUCCAGCAGGCCCGCAAUAUCCACUCGAACUCGCCCCCGAAUCUCUGCAGCGGCCGCCGUCAUUUGGAUCGUCUUAUAAUUCCGCAUCGCCAUCCCACGCGUCUUCGGUCUCUCCUGGGUCAACAGUUCCGCCGAUGACGCCAGCCCGAGUCACUCCGAUUGGAGCCAGCCACCGCUCGCCAAAGUCCCGACAGCAAAUCACAAAUCAUCAACGACGUACGAACCCGCGCAAAGCAUCCAGUUUUCCAGGUAUCUCGACCUCAAAAAUUACCAGAACAAUGCCAGUCCACAACACAACUCCCCACUGCAGUUCAACGAUGGGGAAUAGAAACCCCGUCACUGUUUCCUUCGUUAAUUUUACACCUGAAGAUAGCCAGAAACUACUUACAGGCGUCGCACCGAGCGGCAGCUCGAAGACCAAAGCCAGACGCGAGCAAGAAGCAAGGGAGAAGCGAAGGAAGCUCUCAGAAGCGGCAUUGCUGGCCGUUCGGAAGGCAGGAGGCGACGUCGAGGCGUUGGAAGCUGUACUUUGUUAA